GUAAAUAAUAACAAAUUAUGGAGAAAAGUGACACAGACUCCGAGUAUCAAAGCGGUGCUUUAGGACCACCAACUAAGAAGAAAUUACGUACGGAAAUUGUGCAUAAAAAGUGUGUGACAACAGAUUCAAGACAAGAUUUUAAACCUAGUGAGACCCAAUCAAUUGAUAAUGAAUCACGAAGAGGUUUACCAUUACAAAUAAUUGGUGACAUCGUGAUUGAACAUGACAAUAAUCAAAUGGAAGUUAAUGAUGGAAAUCUCACUAUAGAUCAUGUACAAAAACCGAGACAAUUGAUUGAAGUUAGGUUAAAUAAAGCGCCAAAAACUUCUGCAGAACGUGGUCGAGAUUUCAGAGCACGAAAAGCACUGCUUAAACAACAAUGUAAGCAACAACAGGAACCAGAUGCAAUAGUUGAAAUUGCUAAUGAUACCUCGAAUAUAAUAACUUCGAACAUGGACAUUCUAUUACGACAUAUUCGUGAAGUUGAUAUUGGUCAGUCAUCAAUUGGUGAUAUAUGUGCUGCUCACUGUGUUUUGGACGAUGGAACAAACAUCAUAAUGGUAGUUGUUUACAUUUCGCCCAAUAACACAGUUAAUAAUAUCAUAAAGUUUAUAUACAGAAGACUUAUGAUUUAUGGUCGAGUAGGUUCUGAAGAACUAGGAGAAAACUAUCAUAUCAUACGUUGCCACUAA